UUUUCUUCAAAACCCUAACUCGUCGAAUUUAAUUUUUCCCCGAAUCGAAUUUAUCUCUCUUAUUCGUUUUCUCUUUCUCGGAAAAAAUCUAAAUUCUAACCAGUCAAACACUCGAUUGCACGCCAUGGGAUCUAAACCCAGGUCCGAUAAUCCUCACUCCGGCGACGGCGCCAGCCCCGGGAAGAUUUUCAUCGGUGGAUUGGCCAAAGAUACGACAUACGCUACGUUUAACAAGCACUUUGGGAAGUACGGUGACAUCACCGAUUCUGUCAUCAUGAAAGAUAGGUACACCGGGCAACCAAGGGGAUUCGGCUUUAUAACUUAUGCUGAUCCGUCGGUGGUGGAUAAGGUUAUUGAAGACACUCAUAUAAUCAAUGGAAAACAGGUUGAAAUCAAAAGAACCAUUCCUAAAGGCUCAGGUCAAUCAAAGGAUUUUAAGACAAAGAAGAUAUUUGUUGGUGGUAUACCCUCUUCGGUCAGUGAAGAUGAACUCAAGAAUUUCUUCUCCAAGUAUGGGAAAGUCCUGGAACACCAGAUAAUACGAGAUCAUGAAACUAAUCGUUCUCGAGGUUUUGGAUUUGUAAUCUUUGACAGUGAAGAAGUCGUGGAUGAAAUGUUAUCAAAGGGAAAUAUGAUUGAUAUGGCUGGCACCCAGGUGGAGAUCAAGAAAGCUGAACCCAAGAAAGCCUCAAACCCCCCUCCUCCUCCUUCAUAUGGUAGCAACUCUAGGGGCCGUUCAUUCAAUGAUGGCUAUGGUGGAUUUGGCAGUUCUUAUGGGAGUUUUGAUGGAGGAUUUGGUCCUGGCCCUUAUAGGACACCUGCAAGUCUGGGUGGUAGGCUUGGUGGUGGAUAUGGGUAUGGUAGUGGUAGUGGAGACUUUGGCGGAGGUUAUGGGGGUUUUGGUGGUAAUAGCUUAGGAGGGUACAGAGGUGAAUCUUCUCUUGGUUAUUCUGGUCGCUUUGGACCCUAUGGUGGCGGAUUUGGCAGUGGUUAUGGUGGAAGUGGUUUAGGUGGAUAUGGUAGAGGAGGCGAGGGUUAUGGUAGUUAUGGAGGUUCAGGCUACAGUGGUGGCUAUGAUUCUGGUCCAGGUACUAGUUAUGGUGGAGCUGGUAUGCUAUAUGGAAGGGGAGGCUAUAGUGGCAGUAGUCGGUACCAUCCUUAUGCCAGAUCUUAGAAGUAUUACUCAGGUUCCUGUAGUUUUUAAUCGUGCUUUGUUAGGCACUCCCACUCAAGUACUAGAAGUUUCCUAUAAUAGCAGCAGGUGGGGAAGCUUUUCAAGAUCAGAAGACCUGUUGUUGUUAGAUUCUUAUUGAUUGUAUGCCAUAGAUAAAAGCUUAGAUUGCUUCAAACUAGUGCUUUGUGUUCUAUUCUAUGGUUUUCUAGUUUGUCCUUUCAUUA